AUGAAAACCCUCGGUGUUCCAAGACAAGCCGUUAAGCCAUGGCACGUCUUUGCGGCGCUGGCGACAAUAGCGAUCAUCGUCGUAGUAGUCACUCCCACGGCUAUUUUAGUACCCAGACGGAACCGCGACGAGGCUAUCGAGGAGGACAAAAGGACCCCUUCGCAACCGGACAUCGCCCGCGUGAACUUGGGAUAUGCGCAGUAUCAGGGCUCGCUCGUGGGCCGCGAUGGCGGCGUCGCGGAGUACCUCGGCAUGCGGUAUGCGGCGCCGCCCACGGGGGAGCGCAGGUGGCGGGCCCCGGUUGAGCCGGAGGUAGAUGAUUCGGGGGACCAGGCGGCUGAUACGUUCGGCCCCAUCUGCCUGGGCAUCUCGGUACCGUAUCCUAACGGCGGAGCCCAAGAUGAAGAUUGUCUGUACGUCAACGUAUGGGCGCCGGCUAACGCUACGGUCGACUCUAAGCUGCCCGUGUGGCUGUUCAUCCAAGGAGGAGUCGAGCGUUCGGCCCAGAAUAUAAUCCUGGUCAACUUCAACUACCGCGUCGGGCUCUGGGGCUUCCUAGCGAGCGAGCGCGUACGCGGGGAUGGCGGCGGGGCCGGAGACUUGAAUGUUGGGCUCCGGGACCAGCGGGAGGUCAUGCGCUGGAUCCGACGGCAUAUCGCGCAGUUCGGAGGCGACCCGGAGCACGUCGUGAUUAACGGGGCUUCGGCUGGGGCUGGGUCUGUUGCGCUGCACUUGCUUAUUUCGUAUGCGGAGGGUAGUCAGACGCAGCACGAUAACAGUACAAGUAGUAGUGGAAGUAGUAGUAGUAGCGGCGAUCUCUUCGUGGGUGCUAUCGGGGAAUCCCCCUUUUUCCCCGCGCAGCCGACCGUCGUGGAUCUCGAGUGGCAGUUCGACCUGGUGCUCUCGCAGACGGGGUGUAGCGACGAGGAAGAAGAUCCAAUGUCGUGUCUCCGGAGCAAAGACACCGCGACUCUACAACAAACCGCGAAUAUUCCCUCCCCAUUCCCCGGACGCCCGGGACUCCCUGACCCCUUACCCCUAUUCUACUGGACGCCCUGCAUAGACGGCUCUCUCCUCCCAGACUCGCCCUCCACGCUCUUCUCCCAGGGCUCCUUCAUCGACGUCCCCGUCAUAAUGGGCACCACCACCAACGAAGGCACCGUCUUCGCACCCGCCGACACAGCCAGCUCGGACGCCAUGACGCUGUUCCUUCAGAACAACUACCCGCGCCUCUCUUCCGCUCAAGCCAACAACGUCCCCCGCAAAUACCCGCAACAAGCCACCGUGCCCCUCCACGAAUCCUGGUUCCCCUCCGCGGCAACCGCCUACGGCGAAGCGACGUUCAUCUGCCCGACGAACAAUAUUCUAACAGCAUAUGUCCAGCGCCGGAACAAUGCUCAGCGUGCAUGGAGCUACCGGUACGACGUCUACGACGCGAUGAACGCGGCGCUGGGGCUAGGCGUGCCGCAUAUAUGGGAGUCGUGGGCCGUGUUUGGGCCGGAUAGCCAGCAGGGGCCGGGGCGUGGGCCGACGAGUUAUUAUGGCGAGGCUGCGGCCGUGGUGCCGUGGGUUAUGGACUACUGGAUCUCGUUUGUGCGGACUUUGGAUCCGUCUACGUUGCGGACGCCGGGGGCCCCGGUGUGGGAGUUGUGGGAUGCGGAGGGAGGUGGGAAUGGGAAUGGGAAUGGUACUGGUACUGGUAGUGGUGGUGAGAGAUUACUCAUGCAGGUGGGCAAUUUCUCGAUGGAGACGGUGCCGGAGGAUCAGUGGGAAAGAUGUGAUUUUUGGAAAGGGCUUGCGCCUGCACUGCAGCAGAGGAGGGGAGUUCGAUGA